GGCAUUCCGAUUUCUUGUUAAACCAGUUGGAAUUCAGGUUUCUCGGCCACAAAUUUACAGAGCAUCAGCAUGGAGUGCAUCUGUAGGCCGAAAACCCUAUUCAGCAGCCGCACCUGCAUCCACUUCAUCUACUACAACCCCUGUUGUUUCUUCAACAGCCACCACAACCACUCCAGCUUCCACACAAUCUCCAACAUCUGAAAAGAAGGAUGAGGCAAUUGUUUCCUCAGAAGAAAAGAAAG